UGUGAGAACUGAGAAUAGAGAAAAAGACAUACUAUGGACAGGGGGCGUGUCAGUGCGAUUACGCAACGUCUUUAAGCUUCACGGAACAAUAAACAAAAAAAACGAAUUAUCCUUGUGUAUGUUUUCUCCUUAUUGCACAGUAAUCCUGCUUUUAUCGUCUAUAGAGGUUGUUAAAUGAGAACCGGUGAAUCCAAUUUUAACGACCAUUGAACGGCAUGUCCUGAUUUGCGGUGGACGUAAACAAGCGGUGUCUGAAAAACACACGGUCGACGAGUCGAAAGAGAGCAACGCUAACGCCAGCGACUUCUGUGGGAUGUUUUUGCGAUAAUGUCCUUCCAGAGGAUCCGGCGACUGAGGGUUUUGAAGUUCCUUUGGUUGGAUAGUUGGAUUCGAAAGAACGUUCCUCCAUUGACACCACUCUGCACCAAAGCCAAUAAUGUAAAGAAGCCUAUCAGAUAUACAAGUAUAAAGAAAGCGAAACCAAAAACUAUAAUCGAUAUUGCCAAAUUACUGCAGCAAAAGGCCAAGGAGACCAAAGAGAAGAAACAAUCAGUGAUCACUGCUUCUGCAUUGAAAGCUGCUACUAGUCCAACCAAACCCACUGCUACACCACAUAAAUUGAAGGACCAGAGUGAUGCCAAAGAAAUUAUUAUUUCAAAUGCAAAAGUUCAAACUUCUACCAGCACCCUUCCAACAAAAGAUGCUGUGGAUGGUUAUACAGCAAGUCUGCAUAAUAAGGCAUACACUGAAAUGUUGAAUACAAAAUAUGCAGCAUCCCAAGCUGUUGAGUCGGCUGAAUCACCCACAAUUAAUGCACCACAAGAGGCUUCAGCUCAAGGAGAGAUGAAUACAAAUAUCAGUCAAGUUUCUGAGCCGUCUUCAACAAACCCCUCAGAAGCCAUUCCAUCUUCUGAGGAUGUUGCUUCUGCCUCUGAAAAACAUGCAGGAGAAACUAGCGAUGGAACAGUUUACAUGCCUGAUGUUAUGGGGCCUUCCAAAGUGAUGGCAUCUCCUGAAGCUUCAUCUGCGCAUGAGAACGGUCAUCUACAGGAGUUUUCUGAUGUUUCAGGAGUGGUUGCAGUAACCAAUGCAUCAACUUUGGUAAACGUAGCACAAUCACAGGACUCCUCACAGCCUCAAUCCACUCAAGUUCAAGGCUUUCUAGCUCCCACUUGGUCUUCAAAUGUCAAAGCAGACAAACCAUCAUCUGGCCAAGAGAUCAUCACUCAGGCACUUGUGUCUUUUACAGAUGGCACAGCUAACUCCAUACCAGAUAUUUCCAGUGCUGAAGCUGUGGCUGUUGCCUCUGAUGAAGUUCCAACCCUUCGAGAAGUUUGUCGUGAAGAAGCCAUUCAGGUCUCUAGCACCAUCCCAGAAGUCUCUUCACCUCAAUCAACUGAGCAUCUUCCUGUUGUUGAGACCACAUCUGCCUCUCUAAGUAAAGCUGUAGAUGCUAUGUCAGAAAUGUCUGGCGAUGCUCAAAGAUCUAUCAAUCUAACGGACCCAAUUCUAGUGCAAACUGAGGUUUUAGAGGAAGAGGAUCAGACAGAGGCAACUGAAGAGUUAACUGAGGCACAACUGGAUCCGAUACAGAAACUCUUUCUCGACAAGAUAAGGGAAUACUCCACAAAGAGCCAAGCCUCUGGUGGCCCUGUAGAUGCUGGACCAGAAUAUGAGAAAGCUUUUAGUGAAGAACUAAACAAACUCCAGAGACUCUAUGGGAGUGGAGACUUAACCGAGUUCCCAGAAUUUAAGUUCUCUGAGCCUGAACUGAAUGAACGCAGCUCAAAAUGAAAAGCUCACAGAAGCAUGCCGUUUAUGAUACUAAUAUUUGAAUUAGCCUACGUCAGUUUAUAAAUCGCUAAAUUAUUUGCGGUUACAGGAAAAAAAACAAGAAAGGGAAAGCAAAACAUAAAGUAGCUG